UUUUGAUAUGUUAUUUCUUAGCCUGGAAGCGAUGUUCAUGCAACUGUAGCACUGACUGCACUAAGCAUUUGUUUUGAUAGAAGCUUGUCUCUGAAAGACUGGAAAGGAAUAAAGAACAUAAUGACUACUUUGGAUGAUAAACUGCUUGGUGAGAAGCUCCAGUAUUAUUACAGCAGCAGUGAGGGUGAGGAUGAAGACAGUGAGAAGGAAGAUAAAGAAGGGGAGAGCACCAUUCCUGAAAGCGUUGGGGAAGUAGAGCUUAGCAGCGAUGGCAGUGCAGUCAACACAGGUCCCAAAGGAGUCAUUAAUGACUGGCGAAGAUUUAAACAACUGGAAACUGAACAGCGGCAGGAGCAGCGCAGAGAAAUGGAACGACUCAUAAAAAAGUUAUCUAUGACAUGCAGAUCGCACUUAGAUGAAGAGACUGAUAAGCAGAAGCAGAAAGAGCUUCAGGAAAAAAUCAAUGGAAAGAUGACGUUACAAGAAUAUAACAUGAUUCACAAUGAUGAAGAUGAUGAGGAAUUUUUACAGCGAUACAGGAAGCAGCGAAUGGAGGAGAUGAGACAGCAGUUGUACAGCGGGCAGCAAUUUAAACAGGUUUUUGAGAUUACCAGUGGAGAAGCGUUUUUGGACACAGUUGACAAAGAGCAUAAGAGCACACUGAUCAUGAUCCAUAUUUAUGAAGACGAUAUCCCUGGCACCGAAUCCCUGAACGGCUGUAUGAUCUGCCUGGCUGCUGAGUAUCCAACAGUUAAAUUUUGCAGAGUAAAGAGUUCGCUCAUUGGUGCUAGCACUCGCUUUACGAAUAAUGCUCUGCCAGCUUUGCUGAUCUAUAAGGCAGGUGAGCUCAUCGGCAAUUUUGUGCGAAUCACUGACCAGCUUGGAGAAGAUUUUUUUGCUGUAGACCUGGAGGCUUUUCUGCAGGAAUGUGGUUUGCUUCCAGAAAAAGACCUCGUGCUCCUGACUUCUAUACAUAAUCCCUCUGCAUGUUACAGUGAAGACAGUGAUCUGGAAAUAGACUGAACCACUUGUACCAAGGGGCCAGUAGGUGUAGUUGUACUGUGGGAUGUUCUUGUGCUAGGGAUUGUUCUCGUUCUUCCUUAAUGUGGGUAUGUAUUCUUCCCCUUCAUGCACUUUGACUUUUGCUCGUUAAAAAAUUGUUAAAAAUAACAUAAGGAAUUCCUAACAUUUUCUUAAAUUAAUUCAAUAAAGUACACACUGAAAC